CAGACAUGGACCUGUCUUGCCGUCUAACUGGCUGCUAAAUCUAAUGGAAGAAAUAAAGAGAAAUACGAUACAAAGAUUCCUGGAGCCUGAUUAACACCAAACAAUCAUAAAUAAAUAAGAACAAAACCUACAGUAGAAGACAUUCACCCUUAGUCAACAGCGAUUGGUGACUCUCCUUGAGGCAAAGAGCUGCUAAUUAGGCAAUUACCGGAGACAACUCUUGGUUUAGCAGAAACCUGCAUCUCCAAGGAAUUGAGGCAAGGCCUAAUUAUAGAAGAUCAAAAAGAAGGUCUCCUAGAUAAGAAAACAGACCAGCUUUUGGGAGAAAGAUUAAAUCUGUCUGGGCCUCUGGAGGAAUUCAAAGGAGGGACGAGCCACAAACCCCCCACUGUUCCAGUAAGAACAUCCGCUCCGGAUGUAACCUGAGAUACACGGACAUUCGCUGCCAGAGAUUUCGACAAGGAAACCAAAUGGGUGAAGAAAGCUUGAGGAAAAGAAAAGGAGAGGACAGUGGAGAAGAGGAUGGCCAGUCCAUACAGAGCGAUGAACCCCGAAAGACGAACCUACAAAAACAGGUGGGCCUCAUCAGCGGAAUCUGUAUGAUUGUUGGUACAAUCAUUGGCUCAGGUAUCUUUGUUUCUCCAAAAUCAGUUCUUGCCAACACUGGAGCUGUGGGGACUUGUUUAACCAUCUGGGCAGCCUGUGGAGUUCUGGCAACAUUAGGUGCGCUUUGCUUUGCUGAGCUCGGCACAAUGAUCACAAAAUCCGGGGGAGAAUAUCCUUACCUUAUGGAAGCAUUUGGCCCAAUUCCGGCAUUUUUGUUCUCUUGGACAAGCCUACUCGUCACAAAACCCAGUUCAUUCGCCAUCAUUUGUCUCAGCUUUGCUGAAUACGCAUCAGCUCCUUUUUAUCCAGGUUGUGAUCCACCCCAGGUUGUCAUCAAGUGCCUGGCAGCCGCUGCCAUUGUGAUAAUUACGAUAGUGAAUUCACUGAGUGUGAAGCUGGCAAGCUAUCUCCAGAAUCUUCUCACGGCCGCUAAAAUGAUCAUUGUCAUAAUCAUUAUUGUAAGUGGAAUUGUUCUCCUUGCACAAGGAAAAACGGAAAACUUUGAAGAUCCUUUCAAAGGCAGUAAAAUUUCUAUUAGUUCUAUCGGUCUGGCAUUUUAUAAUGGACUCUGGGCAUACGAUGGAUGGAAUCAACUCAAUUACAUCACAGAAGAACUUAAAAAACCUUACAGAAACCUACCGCUCUCUAUAAUUAUUGGAAUCCCCUUGGUUACAGUUUGUUACGUUCUGAUAAACAUUUCAUAUUUCACCGUAAUGACUUCAACAGAACUCCUGCAGUCCCAGGCAGUUGCUGUGACAUUUGGCGAUAGAAUCCUUUAUCCAGCCUCCUGGAUAGUUCCUCUCUUUGUGGCCUUUUCUACAAUUGGAUCUGCCAACGGGACCUGUUUUACUGCAGGCAGACUUGUUUAUGUUGCAGGUCGUGAAGGGCACAUGCUAAAGGUUCUAUCCUACAUCAGCGUUAAGCGUUUAACGCCAGCACCUGCUAUCAUAUUUUAUGGGACCGUUGCUAUUAUUUAUAUUAUCCCUGGUGACAUUAACACACUCAUAAAUUAUUUUAGUUUCGCGGUCUGGAUAUUUUAUGGUUCAACCAUACUUGGACUCAUUGUUAUGAGGUUUACCAAAAAGGAACUCAAGAGACCCAUCAGGAUACCCAUCGUCAUUCCAGUCUUAGUGACCAUAGUCUCCAUUUUACUGGUGUUGGCACCAAUCAUCAGCGCACCUGAACUGGCCUAUUUGUACUGUGUUUUAUUUAUACUUAGUGGACUUAUAGUUUAUGUACUUUUUGUUCAUUUUAAAUUCAGCUGGCCCCAAAAAAUAUCAAAGCCCAUCACGAUGCACCUUCAGAUGCUUUUGGAAGUUGUUCCAGCAGAAGAUGUUCCUGAAUAAAAUAUUUUCUAUGUA